GUUGUCAUAAGCCGAGCAGUCGCUGAAGCAAACGUGUGCUCCCUCGUUCCUCAUAGUCAAAGAAACCUUGUGGGAAUCCUGGGAGAAGAAUGGAGGACAACGCUGACUUCACCAGGGAUUCCUUCUUCUUUUCUUCCUGAUCCCACUUGCAGUCAAACUAGGAACUAAAAACAGAUGGACUUUUCGAGAGCUUAGUUCAGUCCCCUGCUGGGAUCCAUCAGUAGGAUCUCCUAUCUGGACUUGGGGAGAUCAGGUAACAUGACCGUCUCCGGCACAUGUUAGAGGUCAGCGUGCCGGAGGGUUUCCAGAAGCCAAGGUGAAGAUGCCAGGUAUCCUGGUGGCCUCCAACAUGAAGUCUGGACUCCCCAAGCCCGUGCACAGCGCGCUGCCCAUCCCUCAGGUCAGCAGGAGACCGCCAGCUCUCACUCUGCCCGUGAAGACCCACAUCCCGUCUUGGAGCCAGCAUCCGAGGGGCCCCAUGUUGGGGUCGGAGAUCCGGAGGAACGCUCAGAUCUACACCGACUGGGCCAACCACUAUCUGGCAAAGUCGGGACACAAGCGGCUGAUCAAGGACCUGCAGACGGACGUUGCAGACGGCGUCCUCCUGGCUGAGAUCAUACAGGUCGUAGCCAAUGAGAAGCUGGACGACAUCAACGGCUGCCCCAAGAGCCGCUCUCAGAUGAUUGAGAACAUUGACGUGUGCCUCAGUUUCCUGGCAGCCAAAGGAGUCAACAUCCAGGGACUCUCUGCAGAGGAGAUUCGGAAUGGCAACCUGAAAGCCAUCCUCGGCCUCUUCUUCAGCCUGUCCCGCUUCAAGCAGCAGCAGCAGAGGCAGAACCCCCAGCAGGGCCCGGCACCUCCAUCCCAGUCUCGGAGUGCCCCCCCUCCCCUGAGCCAGCAGAGCAGCGCUCCAGCUCCCCUCAGCCAUUCUCCGCAUGGGACUCCAGCACACACAGCCCAGAAAGCAGCACAGGCCGAGAUGCAGUCCAGGACCGGCUCUCAGAGUAAACUGCUCAAGUUUUCCCUCGGUCAAAAAAAGUCGUCUAGGCUCCCCGGGCCCACGACGAGGGUGUCCACUGCAGGCGGGGACAUGGCUCCAAGAGGCUCGCUGACCGCCGCCUGCAACAGACGCAGCCAGGCCUUCAGUGACAAGACCAAAGCCAGCUCGCUGCUGAACAAAGAUUGCUCGGAGGGCAUGGCCUCGCAGCCGCCGCUGAUCACGAAUGAGAAUGCGGCUUCGACUGCGGUGACCAUCGGCUCCUCCGCCAACAUCCCCGCCACGCUGGUUCUGGCCUCGUCGUCUUCGUCGUCCUCCACGGCCAUCCCCCACCCGAACAGCAACAGCAAGCCUUGGAGGAGCAAGUCCAUGAGCUCCAAGCAAGCCUCUCAAGCCCCCUCCUCCGCCGGUGCCAUGCAAUCAACCAAACAAGAGACCUCCUGUAAGGCCGAAGCUCCUCCUAAGGCUGCCACGCAGAAGUCAAUGCUGGAGAAGCUGAAGCUCUUUAACAGCAAAGGAGGCUCCAAAUCAAACGGAGUAGGUGCACAGAGCGAUCAUGCGGCGCCGGGCAUGCAGGUGGAGAGAGCAGAGACGGGCUCGAACACCGACCCCCUUGAAGAAGACGACGGAAACAUCCGCCCGGGGAUGAACGGAGCAGGCGCUCAUGUUGCCGUCACCGCCAGCAGCCCCAAAAUGGCCUUGAGGGGCAUCGCCCAGCGCACUUUCAGCAGAGCUCUGACCGCCAAAAAGAGCUCAGUCAAAGGCCCGGAGAAGGACAAGGACAAGGACAAGGGGAAGGAGAAAGGUAAGGAUGUGGGAAAACGCCUCUCCAUGCAGGAAAGGACAGAACUCAGGGGAGAGGAGGCCAAGGAGGAAGUGGUUGCUGGAGAUUCGGACAGCUCAAACAAAAAGACCUCGAAAAUCGCCAGCUUCAUCCCCAAAGGGGGUAAAAUGGCCAAAAAGGACAAUUCCACCCCUGCACACAGCGGAAUACCAAAGCCAGGAGGGAAAACCCCGGCCGGGGGUAAAGCCUCGUCAGCGGCGGCGAAGGAGGCCGGGGAGAGACCGAGGAGCAUGAGGCUCGGUGGCGGCCUGGCCACGCACCGGGGUUCUUCGGAAAAGGACGGCAAACACUCCAGCUCUACCUCCGGCCCUCACGCCGCGGACGGGAAGACGGGCUGCGCCUCUGCGGCCGGAGGUGGGAACACGCAGAGCACGGCCUGCAACACCGUCAGCGUGCAGCUACCUCAGAACCAACAGCACCACAGUCACCCCAACAUGGCCACCGUCGCACCUUUCAUGUACAGAUCUCAAAACGAGGCCGAGGGAGUCGUGAGCAGCGAGUCCAGUUCAGGAAGCAGAGGGGAUGUUUCCUUCAGCAAGACCAACCAGCCGUCAAUCGAGGACCUUUCAGGUGAAGACCCAGAGACCAGGCGACUGCGGACUGUCAAAAACAUUGCAGAUCUGCGGCAGAACUUGGAGGAGACCAUGUCCAGUUUGCGGGGAACUCAGGCCACACACAGCACCUUGGAAACCACGUUCGAUGGCAGCGUCACCACGGAUGUCAGCAGCGGCAGCAACACCAGCGGAGGAGGACGAAGCAUCCUCAGUCUCACCUCCUCCCGGCCCUCCUUGUCGUCAUGGAGACUGGGCCAGUCCAGCCCUCGUCUCCAAGCGGGCGACGCCCCCUCGGUGGGGAACGGCUACGCGGGCCGGGCGGCCGGCGUCCAAGCGGGCCGCUACUUGUACCCGGGACACCUCCGGCGACAGCUGGCUGGCCGCAGCGGAAGCCUCGGCAGCGCGGAGCUCGGAGACAGACCCGGGGAGGACGUGGACCUGGACGGGUUAGCCAUGGAGGUCACCGGCUACAUGAGCGAUGGAGAUGUCCUGAGCAAGAACGCCACGCGCGCGGAUGACGUCGCCAGCGGCUACAUGACGGAUGGGGGUUUGAGUCUGUACACGCGGCGCUUGAACCGGCUGCCAGACAACAACAUGUCUGCUGUUCGAGAGACGCUGCAUCGGAACACAUCUUCAGGACAGGGAGAUGCUGACAGUUGGGAUGACAGCAGCUCGGUGAGCAGUGGCAUCAGCGACAACAUCGACACCGAUGACAUCAACACCAGCUCAUCCAUCUCCUCCUACGCCAACACACCUGCAGCCCAGCGCAAAGGCUUCAGCAUUCAGCCCGUGACAGAUGCAGAGAAGCACUCGGCCUCCACAGCGGUGCACCAGACCUGGUCAGCAGACGAGGUGAAGAGGCCAGACGGAGGGUCGGACAGCGGGGUCAAAAUGGAGUCGGGCUCCAAGUGGAGCCGCCGUAACCCCUCUGAUGUCUCAGAUGAGUCGGACAAGGGCGGAUCGGGGAGAAAGAACCCCUCCGUGUCUCACACAGGGUCUUGGAGGAGAGGCAUGAGCACUCAGGUGGGGGUGACUUCCCCCAGGACCAAAAGCAGCAGUAGCAGCACAAGUUCAGUCACCCCCAAAACCCACACUUCAGGUAAAACGGAUGAUAUCAAGGUGUCCGAGAAGGGCCGUCUCUCUCCACGUUCAAACGGCCUUCACCGGUCGCCCUCUGAUGCAGGACGCGUCAGCGGUGACGAAGCGAAGAAACAAUCAAUGUCCAGCAGCCACACAGCGACUCCCAGCUCCCUCACGCACACUGUUUCUGACCACCAGACACAUGCCUCCCGCACCCCGACCAGCACAUUCGGCUUCAAGAAGCAGGGCCACGGCAUGGUAACCAUGGUAACCGCCAGCGGGGCCACCAUUACCAGCGGCUCGGCCACCCUGGGGAAAAUUCCCAAAUCCGGAGCACGGUCGCUGGCAGGAUUAAAGGCAGGUGGGCAGGACGGGGGAUUGCUGCUCGGCCACCACGACGACGGCUUCCUCCCCGCCGGUGCCCGCUCUACUCUGCAGUACCGCAGCCUCCCGAGGCCCAGCCGCUCAGGGUCGGUCGCCCGCAACGGCAACCGCUCCUCCACCAGCAGCAUCGAGGCCGCCGUCCUCUCAGUGACCUCACAUGGGAAGAACUCAAUCGGCAUUGCCAAGGCCAACGGCUCGCUCGGUCCGCUGGCGAAUCAGACCGAUCGAGAGAAGGGGGUCUCAGAGACCGACAACCUCAGGAGUGCAGGAGCAGCAACUGUUCCUCUGACAGGAAGACAGCAGGUUUCAUCGCCCACACUACGCAGGUUGUUUGGUGGGAAGAGCAGCAAACAGGGUCCAGUCACCACUGUUGACAACAUGAAGAACUCCACCGUUAUCUCCAACCCACACGCCACCAUGAGUCAUGUGACCACAGUGAUGGAGUCCCCCGAUGGAGGACUGGGAGGCGUUGACAGUGAGACCUUCAGCCCCAUGUUUGGAGGCAGAGUGACAGGAUCCGGCACAGGGACACUCGGUAGCGAGCAGGCCUCCAGUCCCGGCUCAGUCUACUCCUCAACGGGGCCUUCUAACAGCCUCACAUGGGGCACCACGUUCAGCGGCUCCUCUGCCCAGAGCAGGGAGAGCACACUGGGCGGGCACGGCGGCACAAGCAGCAUGGGCUACCCUUCCGUGAGCAGCAUGCACACCAGCAGCGAGUCCAUCGACAUGAGCCUGGGCAGCGCAGGGGGGGGAGGCCACGGGACCCACAGAGAGGACACCCUGUCCGCCCUGGGUCGCACUGGCAGCGUCAAGGCGGGCAUGACGGAAAGCCCCAUCUCUUCCCCCUCCGCUAGCCCUAAAUUCAGCCGAAACACUCUACCUCGGAGGCAGGACAGUGGGCCUCUUUGUGGUAGAAACACUCUGCCUAAGAAGGGACUCAGGUACGGGCCACCCCCCCAGCUGCGGAGCCAUGAGGAGGCCCGUGAUUGGCUACGCUCCCACUCCACCAGCGGGCUGCAGGAGUCAGCCAGUAAUUCCCCUUUUUCCCCUGGAUCCAGCCUCACGUCCCCCUCCGGGACACGCUUCAACUUUGGACAGCUCGCAUCCAGCCCGACGUCCACAGCUCAGAUCAAUCUGACGGGUCUGCGUAACAACAGCCUGACCAACCAGGAUGUCACUUUUGACCCUUGCACCGACAACCGCCUGAGAAACUCCUGCAUGUCCUUGGAUGAAAAGACUCGCACCAUGAGCAGAUCAGGCUCUUUCCGGGAUGGCUUUGAGGAAGUCCAUGGCUCGUCCCUGUCUCUGGUCUCCAGCACCUCCUCCAUGUACUCCACGAACGAGGAGAAGUCUCAGUCAGAGAUCCGCAAGUUACGCCGGGAGCUGGAUGCCUCCCAGGAGAAAGUUUCCGCACUAACAACACAGUUGAGCGCUAACGCUCACCUGGUGGCAGCGUUUGAGCAGAGUCUGGGCAACAUGACCAUCAGGCUGAAGAGUCUCACUUUAACUGCUGAGCAGAAGGACUCUGAGCUGAAUGAGCUGAGGAAGACUAUUGAGCUGCUGAAGAAGCAGAACGCCGUGGCUCAGGCCGCUAUCAAUGGGGUCAUCAACACACCUGAGCUCACACCUAAAAUGGACAAGACAGCAGGGAGUAACGGCAGCCUCCAUCAGCAGCAUCAUCAGCAUCAUCAGCAGCCCGACCUGCGCAUCAGGAGGCAGCACUCCUCCGACAGUGUCAGCAGUGUGGCCAGCGCCACCAGCCACUCCAGUGUGGGCUCCAACAUGGACGUAGAUGCUAAAAAUAAGAAGAAAAACAAGAAGAAUUGGCUGCGAAGCUCCUUCAAACAGGCCUUCAGCAAAAAGAAAUCUCCCAAAUCGGCCUCAUCCCACUCCGACAUCGAAGAGAUGACCGAUUCCUCGCUGCCUUCCUCCCCGAAGCUGCCUCACAACGGCACUACGGCGACCAACCACAUGCUCAGGAACACCCACUCCAACACGCUGUUGUCGGAGUGUCUGGACAGCGAGGCGGAGACGGUGAUGCAGCUGCGGAGCGAGCUCAGGGAAAAGGAGAUGAAACUGACUGAUAUCCGCUUGGAGGCGCUCAGCUCCGCCCAUCAGCUGGACCAACUCCGAGAAGCCAUGAACCGCAUGCAGGUGGAGAUUGAAAAGCUGAAGUCUGAGAACGACCGUUUGAAGCUGGAGACUCAGGGCAGCAGGGCGGGCUCCCAGGUCUCCAUCUCCUCCUCACCUCCCCCUCACACACACGGCCAGGCGCCGGGGCCCAACGCGGGGCUCUCCCAGCACAGCCUCAACCUCGCCACCAGCGAGUCCACCAGUCUGGACAUGCUGUUGGACGACACGGGCGGGGAGGGUGCAACGAGGAAAGAGGGUCGUCUGGUGAAGAUCAUCGUCAGCCUUGAUGAGGACCGUUUGUGGGGGGAGGAGGCUCGGUGUCGGAACUUUCUGAUCGGGUGCAUCGGUGUCAGCGGUAAAACCAAAUGGGACGUGUUGGAUGGAGUAGUCCGCCGCCUGUUCAAGGAGUACAUCACCCAUGUGGAUCCAGUGAGCCAGCUUGGCCUCAACUCGGACUGCGUUGAGGGUUACAACAUUGGAGAGAUUCACCGGCCUCGCAGCGCCAACGCCGCUCACACCCCUGAGCUGCUACCUUGUGGCUACCUGGUGGGAGACAGCAACACCAUCAACAUCCAGCUGAAAGGCGUGAGCAGCGACAGCGUGGACUCGCUGGUGUUUGACACUCUGAUCCCCAAGCCCAUGCUGCAGCGCUAUGUCUCUCUGCUGAGGGAGCACCGGCGGGUCAUCCUGUCUGGACCCAGUGGCACCGGGAAGACAUACCUGGCCAAUCAGCUGUCUCGACACUUGCUGCUUCUGGAGGGCCGACCUCUGACCCCACACGCUGUGGUCACUUUCAACGUGGACCACAAAUCCAGCAAGGAGCUUCGUCAGUACCUGUCAGGUUUAGCAGAGCAGUGCAGUGGCAUGACAGGCAUGGAGAGCCCUCUAGUGGUCAUCCUGGACAACCUGCACCACAUCAGCUCCUUGGGCGAGAUCUUCAACGGCCUCUUCAACUGCAGCCACCAGCACUGCCCAUAUAUCAUCGGCACAAUGAGUCAAGCGACAUCAUCUGCACCCAACUUGCAGCUUCACCACAACUUCAGGUGGGUGCUCUGCGCCAACCACACGGAGCCAGUCAAAGGCUUCCUGGGUCGCUACCUACGGAGGAAGCUGAUCGAGAUGGAAAUCGGCAGCCGAACGCGCAACAUGGAGCUGGUGAAGAUCAUUGACUGGAUCCCAAGGAUUUGGCACCAUCUCAACCGCUUCCUGGAGACGCACAGCUCCUCAGACGUAACCAUAGGACCUCGUCUCUUUCUGUCAUGCCCCAUCGACGUGGAAGGUUCCAGGGUCUGGUUCACUGAUCUUUGGAAUUACUCCAUCAUCCCCUACAUGCUUGAGGCGGUACGGGAGGGACUGCAGUUGUACGGCCGCAGAGCUCCUUGGGAGGACCCGGCCGCCUGGGUGAUUGACACCUACCCGUGGUCGGCCACGCCCACUCCAGCCGAUUGGCCCCCGCUGCUUCAGCUCCGCCCGGAGGACGUGGGUUUCGACGGCUACUCCGCCCCGAGGGAAGGUGUCCGGAAAGAGCCGCCUCAGAGCGACAGUGACGCAGACCCGCUGAUGAACAUGCUGAUGCGUCUGAAGGAGGCGGCGACCUCGUCCAGCCCUCAGAGCUACGACAGCGACUCCAACAGCAACAGCCACCAGGACGACAUCUUGGACUCCUCGCUGGAGUCCACGCUGUGAUGCGUUCAGGACGCCCGGGAAGGAUGGGCGUCGACAGACUUUGAGAACCCGACGCCCCACAAAAUCCAGCCACCUUAAUUUUGGGUGCAGGCAACCCAAAUAUUUAUACGCCAAGAAAAAAAGAAGAGACGAUUGCAUUUCAGAAGACACACAAAAAAAGCGACAAGUUUUUGCUGCACUGCGUCGGUUUUGUUUCGGUUUUAUUUAUUUGUUUUUCACCACUGUGGCCCCCCCCCCCCCCGCCCCGCGUGGCUCCUCGGAGAAGGAGCUGGACGUCAACGCGGACGGAACAGAAGCACACGGCCUGCGAGUGUUUGGCGACGUCGUCGUGGUCAAUUCUAAACCACGGUCCAGCCUGGUGGACCUGGUCAUGCUGCAGUGCGGCCGACUGGCCUGCAGGGGGCGACACAGGCCGAGUGUGUCUGCUGGCGGGCAGGACGCUGAUGUUGAGCCAAGUCUGCAUGUUCCCUCUGUGGAGACACACUUCUCAGCCUGUUUGUGUGUGGGAUGAUGAGUAUUAGGGGUGUACCGAUCAGUCCGAUAUCAGCAACAACAACAACAAGUAUCAGAUUAUAUCCACUAUCUCUGAUACAAGCACUCCUAUGGCUAGUUCAUCGCUAAAUGUCCUCCAAAGGACACGCAAAGUUCUUGUAUUUGAGUCAAGACACUUAAAAAGGUAUGAACUCGCAGCUACACAGCAGCUAAGCACACAAUCGCCGACAAGCUCGACAUGCGCAAUCAAUGUCCUUGAUUGAAAACGAAUGCGAUGAGGUGGCGACUUGUCCAGGGUGUACCCCGCCUUCCACCCGGUUGUAGCUGAGAUAGGCGCCAGCGCCCCCCGCGACCCCGAAAGGGAAUAAGUGGCAGAAAAUGGAUGGAUGGAUGCAGUUUAAAGCAAUAUAAGGAAGUAUUACAUAAUUACACUUCGACAUCCAGUAACAAACGUGUCCGCAUCGCUGAACUUGCUGCAUCAUGAGCUUCACUCGAUGAUUUUACUCCGUGUUGUCAAAAAAAUAUUUAAUUAUUUAAGGAUGACAUAACAUUCCAAAUGUUGAAUAAGAAAUAAUUUGUGUUUUUCCAUACAUUAUGUGUUGAAUUAAUGUCACUUAAUCCAGUAACACACGUGUCCGCAUCGUUCCACUUACUUAAAGGCCUACUGAAAUGAGAGUUUCUUAUUUAAACGGGGAUAGCAGGUCCAUUCUAGGUGUCAUACUUCAUCAUUUUGCGAUAUUGCCAUAUUUUUGCUGAAAGGAUUUAGUAGAGAACAUCGAUGAUAAAGUUCGCAACUUUUGGUCGCUAAUAAAAAAGCCUUGCCUGUACAGGAAGUAGCAGACGGUGUGCGCGUGACGUCACGGCUCCUCACAUUGUUUACAACCAUGGCCACCAGCAGCUAGAGCGAUUCGUACCGAGAAAGCGAAGAUUUCCCCAUUAAUUUGAGCGAGGAUGAAAGAUUCAUGGAUUAGGGAAGUUAGAGUGAAGCACUAGGAAAAAAAAAAAAAGGCGACAGCAGUGGGAGCGAUUCAGAUGUUAUUAGACACAUUUACUAGGAUAAUUCUGGAAAAUCCCUUAUCUGCUUAUUGUGUUACUAGUGUUUUAGUGAAAUUAUAAAGUCAUACCUGACAGUCGGAGGGGUGUGGUGACCGCCAGUGUCUCUGAGGGAAGCCGUGGAGGAGCCAAGAAAGUCGCAGCCGCCUCUUUGACAGCUGCAGGAGGACGCAAGCUCCACUCAUGUCUCCGGUAAGAGCCGACUUAUUACCACAAUUUUCUCACCGAAACCUGCCGGUCGACAUGUGGUAGAGAAACAUGUUGGCUUGACCGCUCUGAUCCAUGUUAAAGCUUCACAUCAAACAAAGAAA